AUGAGGGUCUCCAUUGCUUUGAUUGUAUUUAUCGCUGCGCGUGGAGCAACGCCAAAUAUGGAGAUAUCGGUUUUGACAAGCUUUAUUGUGAACUUGGUUAGGACCAAUGAAGCAAUAGUUUUUUCCUGUUCAGACAAAGAUUUGCUGCUUAUUGCUUCUGCGUUUAUGAAAAAUGACCAGUUUUUUAAUUAUGUACAUAUGAACCAAAGGUACUAUCUACCCUUUAUACUGGCCCGAAAUAGCCAUGGUAGAACUUCUGUUAUAGUAAAUACCAGAUGUAAUGCUGCAAUUAGUAUUUUGGCUGAUGCUUCUGCAAAUAAAUACUUUAACAAAACCUAUCAGUGGUUAUUAUGGGGUGUUGGAGUAGAAGUUAAAUAUUUACUGCCAAUGGAACUGGAAUAUGUUGGUCCAAACGCUCAAAUAACCUACGUUAAUAAAACAAGUAACAACUACUAUCUUUGGGAUAUUCAUUCAAAAGGACGUCACCUACAAUCGGGCUUAGAACUACAACUAAUAGCAACGGUAAAGAAUUAUAAAGGAGAUUUUUACCUGAAUAUAGUUCAAGAUAUUUUUAAGCUACAAAGCACAGAAUACCGAGGGCAAUUUAAUGGGAUAACACUACGAGGAGCAAGCGUUAUUGACAAAGAGGAUAUAACUACAACUAAACAAAUCGAAGCUAUACUUUCGCGGCCAACAAAAGAUUCGGGAGUGGCCGCCUUUAUAAAAUAUCACUAUGAACUUUUGGGACUUUUACGGGAUCGUUUUAAUUUCUCUGUUAAUUUUCGUAACUCAAGAGGAUGGGCUGGAAGACUAGGUAACACUACAUUUCGCCUUGGACUUCUAGGAAUUAUUAAACGAAACGAGGCAGACAUUGCAGCAUCUGGAGCAUUCAAUCGAAUUAACCGUUUUGCGGAGUUUGAUAUAAUACAUCAGAGCUGGAAAUUUGAAACCGCAUUUAUUUAUAGAUUUACUCCAGAUUUAGAUACUCAUGGAAAAAGUGGUAAUUUCUUGGCUCCCUUUAGCAAAGCGGUUUGGAUUUUGAUUCUUGUUUCGCUAACAGUGUUUAGCAUAAUUUGGGUGCUAUUUGAAAUUAUAAACAGCAAAUUGAGUCCUACAAAUCAUAAUUUCAAAAUCAACAACAUAUCUGAACCCCAGAAAUAUUACACAUUAAAAAUUCAAACCAAAUCUAGUUGGGCUGAACGGGUCUUGCAAACGUUUGCAGCUCUAUGCCAACAGGGCUUGGACCCUAUCCCAAAAGAUCAUCCAUCGCGUUUUGUCGUAAUAACAAUAUUUUUAUUUUCACUUGUAAUGUAUAACUAUUAUACUUCUUCUGUGGUUGGUGGAUUGUUAAGUUCUUCCGAUAAAGGCCCAGCUACUGUUGAUGAUAUAACAUCUAGCUCACUUACAAUAUCUUUUGAAGACAUUGGUUACUAUAAAGUAUUAUUUCGAGAAAGUAAAAACCCAGCUUUAACCAGACUAAUAAAAACCAAAUUGUCCUCAUCAAGAUCUUUGGGUAAAAUAUCAGUUUUUGCACAUAUUGAAGAAGCUGUGCCAUAUAUCAAAUUAGGUGGUUUUGCAUUUCACUGUGAGGUAGUGGACGCCUAUCCUUUGAUUGCUGAAUUAUUUGAUGCUAGUGAAAUUUGUGAUCUACGCGAGGUAUCCGGCCUAAUGGAUGUAGAAAUGCUAAAUUGGAUAUUGCACAAAAACAGCCAAUAUACUGAACUUUUCCGAGUAGCAAUGUGUUCGGCACGGGAAAGUGGUUUCGUGGAACGAAUCCUUCGCCGACGACAAAUUAGAAAGCCUACCUGUCAAUCAUUUUACACUGUAUAUCCAGUAACCUUAUCAGGGGCUCUAGCAGCUUUCAUUGUGUUGAUUUGUGGAAUUAUUAUUUCUAUACUAAUGUUGAGUACCGAAUUAAUUUAUGCAUAUGUUUACUUUAAAAAAGAUGUAGAGUUAAAAAAUGCUCUAUCCACUACUUAUGUUGAGAUCUAAUAGCGACAAACUUAUUUUAAGGUAUUAGUGAAAAUGUAUAAUCGUUUAAUUAAAUUUAAAAUACAGUUACGCUCCAUAACAGAUUUGGGAUUCCUUAACAAAUGCAAUUUUAUUUAGGUUGGCAGUGAUUAGUCAGCUCUUACUGCGUUUGGGCGAUUCAGCAAUCGG